AUGGCCGAAAUGAUCUCGAGCGCCGCAACGGGUGUGUUGGGCUCCGUCAUCGACAAGCUGGCCGCCAUGCUCACCGACAAGUACAACCUCGCCAGAGACGUCAAGGAAGGGAUCCGGUCCCUGCGAGACGAGCUGCGCACCAUGGAAGCCAUGCUGCUGAGGCUUGAAGACAAGGACGACGACCAGAUCGAUCCACUCGCCAAAGACUGGAGGAGCAAGGUGCGUGAGCUGUCCUACGAUAUUGAGGAUUGCAUCGACCGUUUUGUGCUCAUCAAUCACAGCCAUGGAGAUGGAGGUUCCACGGCCAACUUCGUGCACAAGGCCAUUCAAAUGGUGAAAACGUUGUUCAAGGACAGAGGAAUAGCAGAGGAGAUCCGACGACUCAAGAGGCUCGUGAGCGAGCAGAGCGAGCGGGGGAAACGCUACUACAACAUCAAUCAGUGUCUCCUCGCCUCUUCAUCUCAGCCAGUGCUCUUGGAUCCUCGAGCACCUUCACUCUUUCAGGAGGCCAGGGAUCUUGUUGGAAUCGAUGCUCCUCGUGAGGAGAUCAUCAGCUUAUUGAGAUGUGAAGACAAGGAGCACAAGGUGGUGUCCAUCUAUGGGAUAGGUGGACAGGGGAAGACCACUCUCGCCAUGGAGGUGUACCACAAAAUCACUGAAGCUGCUUUUGAUAGGCGGGCUUUUGUGUCUGUAUCACAAACUCCAGAUAUGAAGAAACUUCUUAGAGAUAUAUUGUCUCAAAUAAGCAAGAGCCAUUUUGACCAGUCACAGAUGUUAGAGACAGUUGAGCAGCUCAUCCGCACAGUGAAAGAAUGCUUAAAGGACAAGAGGUACUUCAUCUUGAUUGAUGAUAUCUGGAGUGUAUCAGCAUGGGAGCUUGUACGAUCUGCCUUACCUGUCAAUGACAAUGGAAGCAGAAUUAUUACUACAACACGCAUUGAAGCAGUAGCCAAAUCUUGUAGUAUUGGUAUUGCUGCACAAAUGUAUCAAGCAAAGCCCCUUAGUCAUGAGGACUCCCAAAGAUUAUUCUUUAAGAGGCUAUUUUUGUCCGGUGAUGAUUGCCACCCAGAUUUGAGGAAAGUAUCCGAUGAUAUUUUAAAGAAAUGUUGUGGCUUACCACUAGCCAUAAUCAGUAUAGCUGGUUUAUUAGCAAACAGAAGCAAAGUAGUGGAAGUCUGGGUCAAUGUAUUGAGGUCUAUUGCUGCUGCAGUUGACAAAGAUUCUCCCAUUGAUAAGAUGAAAAGAAUUCUGCUGCUGAGUUACUUUGACCUUCCUCACCAUAUAAAGAGUUGUUUGCUAUAUCUGAGUGUGUUUCCAGAGGAUUCUUUGAUUGAUUGCCAACAGUUGAUAUUGUUAUGGGUAGCCGAAGGACUGAUUCCUGGACAGGACAGGGAAAGUAUGGAGCAGCUAGGGAGAAGUUACUUGAAUGAGCUCAUCAAUAGAAGUUUGGUGCAGCCAACCAAGAUUCGCCGUCUAUCCAUCCAAAAAGAUAUUUCUUCCCGGGCGGAAGAGAUUGCCAAGAUGAUAAAAAAUGGAGCUCAGAUCCGAUCCAUCAAUAUCUUUGGCUCAAAUUCAGUUCUGGUUAAUAAGCAUGCCACAGAGUUCUUAAACAGCCAAGUCUUGCGAGUGCUGAAUAUAGAAGGUGAGGUUGGUGAAUGCUCUCUUGGAAAUGUCAAAAGUUUAGGUCAGUUGAAGUUCUUGAGGAUAGACAACAAAUUUAAGGCCAGCAAGCUUCCAGAAGAUAUAGAAAAGCUGCAACGUCUAGAGACUCUAAAUAAGCUAGUGCAUCUUCUUGUCCAUGAGUCGGUGCGCCUACCUGAUGGAAUCGGAAGUUUGCAGGCGUUGGAAGAGCUAUCAAGUAUCAAUUUGGGUAUCCAAUCUGUAAAGUUUAUCCAAGGACUCGGUGAUCUGACCAAUCUGAAAUUACUUAAAAUUGAUUGGCCAUGCUCUACUGAAUUACGUGAUAUGAAGGAUCACAAGGAAGCAUGUAUCUCAAUGCUCUGCAGGCUGUUCAGGCACCUGCGAGAACUACAUGUGUGGCAGAGUUAUCCUAAUGCCACAUGUUCAUUCAUGGUUCCGUGUGUCCCUACUCCACCACCACUUCGAAAGCUUGUUGGUCUUGAUAUACAUAACUUAAAUAGGGUGGGCCCUCAAAUUAGCUCACUAGUCAACCUGACCCGCCUCCACAUUUUUGUCCGUGGUGAAGCAGGCAAGGAAGGAAUAAAUAUCCUAGCAAGUUUACCCAUGCUGCUCUCUCUUACUGUUGUCUUACCCAAUGGCGAAGAGGGAGAUUCAGGCAUCGUCUACCCAUGGAACGCAAUCAACCCACAAGGAUUUCAGCGUUUGCUCAAGUUUCAUUUGCGCUGUUAUUGGUGGGACGCGGCAUUGGAGUUUGAGCCGGGAGCCAUGCCAAAGCUUGAAAGGCUCAAACUGCACCUGAUGGCACGGUUCCAGUUCAAGUUUGGGGAAGGUGGCCUCGUCCUUGGGCUGCAGAACCUGGCAGGGCUCAAACAUCUGGCUAUAGAUAUUAACUGCAGCACUGCUGUUGCAGAUGAGGUGGAGGCUUUGGAGGAUGACAUCAGGGGCACAGCAGCCGUCCAUCCCAACCGUCCCAUACUCCAGAUCCAAAGAAUUCAUCAAGAUUGGAUGGCUCAGGGGUGCAGCAGGCGUCCAUCCGACCAUGCCAUAGUAGAAGCCUAA